UGCCCCAUCGUUGGUGUCAGUGGGAGGAAUAGUGCCCCAUCGUUGGUGUCAGGGGGGGGGGGAAAUAGUGCCCCAUCGUUGGUGUCAGUGGGGGGAGGAAUAGUGCCCCAUCGUUGGUGUCAGUGGGGGGAGGAAUAGUGCCCCAUCGUUGGUGUCAGUGGGGGGAGGAAUAGUGCCCCAUCGUUGGUGUCAGUGGGGGGAGGAAUAGUGCCCCAUCGUUGGUGUCAGUGGGGGGAGGAAUAGUGCCCCAUCGUUGGUAUUAGUG